AUGUCGUUGUACACGCUCAAGCACUUGCUGAAUGACUGUAGUACGCGGUUGUCGCGCACGAAAUUUGCAGCCGAGAAGAACCGUGAGACGCUGGAAAGUGUCUGGCGCGCUUUUAACGAUUGGAUUGAGUCGCGCUUCAAUCAGGGCAAGGGGGUACACAUCGCCACAUUUGCGACGAUCACAUGGGAGACGUUCACGAACUCGCGUAACCAGCCGAAGCUGCGACCCAUUUUCUUCCUGUCCGACACCUUCACCAAGACUUACGUGCUCUCACAGAAGCGACCGCCUUUACCCAGUGCGAACCUGGCAUCGCUAGAAGAUAUCAACUUUACAAAAAUUGCCAUAAAGUUCUCGCGCAAUCUCACCAAGGACCUCGUCUUCUGCGCUAUCCGAGACUUGGUACAGAAGAUUGGCAUGGUGGCGAGUACAGGUGUGCCAAUGUCCAUAGAAUUCAGCUUUGGCCGCUUGAUCGCCAAGAACCGAUGUAUCUCCAUGCUUUUUGACCCCCAGAAGUUCCCACGAGCACUCGAAGACCAUAUCGCACGCUCGAUGAUCAGCAGCCCGCCUUCCACUCUGGGUAACCUGGACGACUUUAACAUUUCACCUGAAGAUAUGGUCGACUACAAUGACGCAGUCUCAACUCCCGACAGGAACGAAGGCACAACGGGAGGUGACAUUACUAACAUUGCUUUCCCUACAGACGAUCAAGAAGCACUACCCACGAACCGCAGCGAUCCUGACAACAUCAUUGGCACAGACGUGAGUAUUGAGGAGGAACUGCAAAUGUAUGACGCACUACUCUCCCCAGGCUCAGCCAAAAGCGAUAGCUCAGCAAAACAUCGUGUCAUGGAGUCUGCCUUCAAGCGGCAUAUUUCAAAGCUGGCUAACGACGUGGAUUUGGAGGCAAAAUACGCGUUCGACUUGCUACUGCAACAGCGACGUGACUUAGAUACAGUGGCGCUGGAAAACAAGAUGCGGCGAUUGUGUGCUGAGGAUCUCCAACGACACAUACAGAUGCAAAUGCAACAGCGUGAGGAUGUGAUAGCAACUGAAAAACAUCAGCGGAGGAUGAUCGAUCCGAAGGCCUGUACAUUCUUCUCUGAAAGUGAGCGCACGCGCCAAGGUUACGAUGACCAGCGUUAUCGAAACCGCGUGAGGGAGCAGCUCAAGCAUCAAUUACAGGACCAGAUAUCUAACAAAGAGCAGGAUCGCAUCAGUACCAAGCAGAAGCUGUUGCAGGACGAUCAACAGUUUUUGCGGCGAGUGCGUAAUGAAUUGGAAGCGAUCGAAAAGAAACAGGUACAGGACCGCGAGGAGCUGCGAAAAGCUCUCACAGGCUCAUGGAACCGCGACUGCGGCAUGAAGAAGCUUGUGGAGGUGCGUAAGAAGCAGAAAGCUGCUGAACAGAUUUAUCGCGAGGGAGUGGGUAUCAUUACGACACCGCGUGACCAUUUUCCAACCCUGCUGAAGCCGUCGACACCCAGAGUCUGUGUCGCGAGGCAAGAUGAUGACUACUCAGUAGGCUUCGACAUUCGUUCCACAUGCGGAGAUUGAGGAGGAUGGUGUUGCGUGAAAUUAACGUAAACUCAUGCAACGACAUUAACCCGUUGAUAAGAGCAUGCUCUAAGAGCAGUUCCGCCGGGAAUAAAAGAGGAAAAUAGUAUGAAACGAGUCGUGUUGUUCAUUGAGUGUUGCCGGUGUGCAACUUACCCGCUGGACAAUAUGGUCACAAACAGCCGUGAAACGACUAGCUAAAAGAUAAUGGCGA